AUGUCCGUAGGCUUGUCCGAAAUUCCUGUCCCUACUGUUUCACCAAUUCCGGAAUUCCCGAUCUCAUGCUGGUCCGGUGUAUAUGUGAACGGAACUGCCAUCAGCAAUGCUGGCUACCAGUCCUGCAACGGAGAAUGCGCUUACAUCUCACUUACCACAAGUAUGACAGGUGUCACUUACAAUGCCGAAAUCUACACUUGCGAUCCCACUUCUGUGUGCAGUUCAAUGGGAACGAUCAACAACUGCUUGACCUUGGAGCCCGGAGUACAGGCUUGCUGCUGUAACUCGGACGCAUGUCUUACUCCUAAGAGGAAACCAGGAAAUCCUCUCACUUGCUAUGUUGGUAUGUAUGCAGUGAAAGCCGGUAUCAAUACUGGAGGAGAGGUAUGGUGCAAUGGUCAAUGCUCAUCCCUGCGUACCACGGUAAAUAAUGAUGAUGUCACCACCUUCCAAUGUAUCCCAACGACUGCGUGCAAGUAUCUGGGUCUUAACAACGGCUGCGGUACUCUUACCGGAGAUCGCGACGUCACAGCUUGUUGCUGUGAUUAUGCGAACGGUUGUAACCUCGCCAUGAACAAUAGAACCGAUAUCACCGUUCCGACUCCUUCACCACUUCCUGAAUUCCCAAUCUCUUGCUGGUCAGGAGUAUAUGUGAAUGGCACUCCAAUCACCAAUAUCGGAUUCCAAACUUGCUAUGGAGAAUGCGCAUCCGUUGCUUUGACCACCGGUAUGGGUACUGUCACCUACAAAGCUGAAAUCUACACUUGUGAUCCAACCUCCGUCUGCAACUCAAUGGGAAUGAGCAACAACUGCUUGACACUUGAGCCAGGAGUGCAAGGCUGCUGCUGUAAUACCGAUGCAUGCCUUACUCCAAGGAGGAAACCCGGAAAUGUGCUCUGGUGUUAUGUUGGUCUCUACGCGAAGAGGGCAAAUGUUAACGUCGGAGGAGAGGUUGCCUGUGAUGGCCAGUGCUCUUCAUUGAGUGGAAUUGUGAAUGGUGACAUGGUAACCACAUUCCAAUGCGUACCUAAAUCAGUCUGCAGGUCUUUGGCUUUGGACAACCAUUGCGCUUCACUUCCGGGAGAUCGUGCAGUGAAAGGAUGUUGUUGCGAUUUUGGUAACAGCUGUAACGUCAACCAAACAGGAAUUCCCGAUAUCAACAUUCCAUCGCCCGCACCCAGCACUGAGUUCCCAAUCUCUUGCUGGAGCGGAAUCUACGUCAAUGGAAAUGCAAUCACCAACGCUGGAUUCCAAUCCUGUUUUGGAGAAUGCGCUAGUGUCACGCUCCAAACUUGGGUAAACGGUACCCAGACUAAUGCAACUAUUUAUACAUGUGAUCCCACCUCUGUCUGCAAGAGCCUCAACAUGAGUAACAAUUGCGCCACCGUAGAGCCAGGACUAUCUGGGUGUUGCUGUAACGAUGAUGCGUGCCUCACUCCAACUAGGGUUUGUAAAACAGUUCGGGGAUUUUUUGAAAUCAUUUUUGGGAUAGACUGCAGCUAUUCCAAACAAGCAUGUACUACAUGCAGCGCAAUAAUCUAUGUUUCAGAAUAAAA